AUGGAGACCAAUCAGGACUCCUCACUGUUCCUAGUGAAUAUUUUGGAGGAACUCGAUACCAAGCAAAACACCGUUUCCUAUCAGGAUCUCUGCAAAUCGUUGUGCGCAAGAUUUGAUUUAUCCCAGCUGGCCAAACUGAGGAGUGUGCUGUUCUACACUGCCUGCCUGGAUCCUAAUUUCCCCGCCACUUUGUUCAAAGACAAAAUGAGAUGCACCGUCAACAACCAGCAAUCAAAAAAGAUCAUGGUCGCAGCAGACAUCGUGACGAUAUUCAACCUUAUCCAGAUGAAUGGAGGCAUAGCCAAGGAAAAACUCCCUGUGGCCCGAGAGAAGGUGAGGAAGAAAGAAUCAAUAGAGUCUUGCCGGUCUGACACAGAGGUCUGUAAUAUGGCGGACUGUGUGCCUAAUUGUGAAUUGAGAGAGAGAGAAUUUAGCAGAGGGUAUUCAGGCAGGAGGUCUUCCAAAGGUAGGAAAGGGGAGUGCAAAGACUGUCCACAAUUCGUACCUGCGUCGGAACCUAAUUUUUUGCUUGGGGUCGAUAAAGAAAUUAAAGGCCGAGCAGCGUCACUUGAUCGUUUGCAAGCCCUAGCAUCGUAUACUAUUCCCAAUUCUUCACCUUGUGAAAUGCAGAGCACAUAUUUCCCCAUGAACAUUGAGACAGAGUCCAUCUCAGACCAGGACUCGUUGCCCAUCAGCUCAAGCAUCAAAGAACCAUUUGUUUCAAAUGAUGAACCCUUUGUGAUGCAGUCGUGCGUGCAGAAAAGAAACAUAUUCAAGGAAGACUUCCACAAUCUCCUCACUAUUUCCCCAAACUUGAUAUCGCCCACAAGCAAAACGGAGGAGGAACUUGUAGAACCUUCAUGCAGGAAAGAGACUUCUAAGCAGACAUUCUUCAAUCACAGUUUUGAAAUGCCAUACAGCAGCCAAUAUCUGAACCCAAUUUAUUCCCCCGUGCCAGAGAAAAGACGAGUCAAACAUGAAAGUUUAGAUGAUCUUCAAGCAUCUACUUAUUUUGGCCCAACAACCAUCCUUGGAUCACAAGAUACAAAAAGGUGGUUGGGAAAACCAAACAAACAAACCCCAUGGCCAGCAAAGAGUUGGAGUUUGAAUACUGAAGAAGUCCCUGAUUUUGAAAGAUCCUUUUUGAACAGGAAACAAUCAGAAGAGAAAUCCCGAUACCAAGGUUCAAACAGCCAGCCUCCCAAUUUUCCAGCCACUGAAAGGCACCAGCCUUAUCACAAUCCAAAAGAUCAACAGCCAAUGCUGCAGUCCAACUAUGCCGUGAAACCAAAUGGGCAUAAACCCAAAGAAAUCUCCUCCAUUUUAGAAAUGGAGAAGCGCGAACCCAUCAAAAAAUUUAAAGACAAAAGUAUUAACUGCACUUCUGUCCAGCUUCUGAGCAUCGACAAAACCAGCAGCGUUGGAACGCAGACAGACCCACAUGGGUUGGAACACAAAAAAUGCAACUUGAGUCAGAAUAAAUACAAUGAGCGACAUUCUCUGAAGCAAUCAGAUGACGACUCUGAAAUUGUGAGCGAUGAUAUUAGCGACAUCUUCAGGUUUCUGGAUGACAUGAGUGUCUGUGGGUCUUCUGGAGUGAUACAGUCCUCUUGCUACAACAGCACUGGCUCGCUCUCGCAGAUACACAAAUCAGAUUGCGAAAGCUCCCCCGAACACCACUUAGCGAAAAUUUCCAAUGGGAAUUCCAGUAACAAGCUGGACAAGGUGUCUCGGUUGGAGAUCAGCAGUGCAGCGGAUGACGAACUGAAAACUAGCGUCUGCAAACUAGUCCUGAGGAUUGGGGAAAUCGAAAAGAAGCUGGAGUCUCUCUCGAGCGUCAGGGAUGAAAUUUCCCAAGUCUUGGGCAAGCUGAACAAGUUGGAUCAAAAGAUCCAGCAGCCAGAGAAAGUUAGCGUCCAGCUCGAUCUCAAUUCCCUAACAAGCGAAGUUCAGUCGGAAGACAGUACCUCUCCGAGGAUGUUUUCGUGUCAUAAUUCUUCACAUGGGGGCAAAUUGGACAACAAUCCAGACUGGUGCUGCUCAGAUGCCAGCGGCAGCAAUAGUGAAAGCCUCCGGGUAAAAGCCUUAAAAAAAAGUUUGUUCACUAGGAGGUCAUCGAGAUCGCUUACAGAGGAGAAUAGUGCCACUGAAUCCAAGAUAGCAAGUAUUUCUAACUCCCCUAGAGACUGGCGGGCUAUCACGUACACCAACCAAGCUGGGAUCACAGAGGAAGAGAUGAAAGACCGAGGCGGGAAUGAAAACAAGGACUGGCACAGGAAAUCCAAAGAGGCAGACAGGCAGUAUGAAAUCCCACAACCGCAUAGACAUGCCAAGCAGUCCAAGGACACAUUUUUGAUUGAGCAAGUCUUCAGCCCCCAUCCCUACCCCGCAUCGCUCAAGUCGCACAUGAAGAGCAAUCCCCUGUACACGGACAUGCGCCUGACCGAACUGGCAGAAGUGAAACGAGCACAGCCAUCAUGGACCAUCGAGGAAUAUACAAGGAACUCUGGCGAGAAGGGGAAACUCACGGCUUUGGAUCUACAAGCCCAAGAAUCUUUGAAUCCCAACAAUCUGGAAUAUUGGAUGGAGGACAUCUACACACCAGGCUACGAUUCCUUAUUGAAACGUAAAGAAGCUGAAUUUAGAAGAGCAAAAGCUUGCAAAAUAGCAGCAUUGAUUGCGGCGGCUGCUUGUACAGUUAUCCUGGUUAUUGUGGUUCCAAUAUGUACUAUGAAAUCAUGA